CUGCACCAUUGUUUCACAAGGCAAACAGAAGCUAGCCUCUCUUAGCUUCAUCCACAGCACACCGGCUGACCGGCCGGCCGGCAUAGCUAGAAUCAUCAGCUGAGAACGGUGCGUGCAUAUCAUGAGCGAACAGGGCAAGAGGCCGACGAUGGCCGGCGGCGGGUCGGCGGCAGAGUCGCCGGCGAGCUCGUGCGUGUCGUCGGACGCGGAGGACGAGGUGGUGGUGCAGCCGCAGCCGAAGCCGAUGGUGGUGGUGGGGUGCCCGCAGUGCCUCAUGUACGUGAUGCUGUCCGGGGAGGAGCAGCAGCCCAAGUGCCCGCGGUGCAAGAGCCCCGUGCUGCUGCACUUCCUCCGCGCCGGCGACGACAUCAACGGCGGCAAGCUGCCGGCGGCCGGCCGGCAGUAACAUGCAGGCGCAACAAUUAGUCGAUCGAUCGAUCUGUCCCUCUAAUAAUUAAUUUAACCGCGCGCUUAUGUGUUUUAAUUAGUCGUUGCUGCCCUUUCUAGUUCUUUUUCUUUUUCUUUUUGUUUCUUCUUCAUCUUCAUUCACAUGGUAAUUUGCACUGCACUACUGCCUCCUCUCCUUAAUUAACCAGUUGGUACUUAGUAUUAAUUAGUAGCUAGCAUGCAUGCAAGUACUGUUGGCUCCGAUCGAUCCAUAUACAUGCAUGCAUGGAUGGAUGGAUCUGAUAAAAAAUUUGUAGUAGAAAAAGUUAGCUAGCUAGCUAGGGAAGUGCAUAUGCCAUGAGAACUACACAUUUGGCUAGGUUAGGCACAUGUAGGAGAGGCCAACAAUAUUGCAAUGCAAUGCAAGCCACCAUGUUGGGUGCAGUGAGUUGAGUUUAAUUUAUUAGCCUGCUGCUGGUGUUGAUGGAUGGAUGGAUGGAUGGAUGCAAUGCAAGAACCGUACGUAGAUUGCUUCCUAGCUGCUACUACUACUACUACCUAGUAGUGAAUGAAUGAAUGAAUGAAUGAAUAUUAGGUGCUGUGUUGUUGAAGAAGAUUGCAAGUUUUUCUCA